AUGAAUUAUGGCCCUCCCCCACCUGGGUAUGCUUCUCCCCCUCCAGGACCCGGAUAUGGGUACCCCGGGGGCGGAAUGACUACUACCACGACGACCACCACCACAACCGAUGCCUACGGAAACCCCAUGGGCGGCCCAAUGGGUAUGGGAGGCCCUCUUGGGUAUGGUAGUCUUGGAGGUCCUCUUGGCGGUGGUAUUCCUAUGGGCCCGGGAGCUCGCCUUGGUCUGAUGCGUCGCGACCUUCGACGCCAGCGCCUGGGCUUAUACUAA